AUGGCAGAAUUUAUUCUCCAUAUUGAAGAGGCUCGCCACUGCCUGGAGAUCUUCCAUCGCGAACUUAAACAGGAAACACGAGGUCAUAUAGCACUCGACUCCAUAAUCGUUGGCGCAGAAGAUAGCCUUGCCCGCACGAGCAGGAAACUCAACAAUGCAACGCGACAAGUCACCGACAUGCACAAUUUCCAGGAUGCCGUCAAAGCAUCGAAUGAGGACGUACAAGCUGCCAUGAAAGGAGCCAUCAGAAAAGCCCGGCACAACCUCAAAAGGUCCAUCAAGACCAAGGAAGACGCUGACAGGGAGUUUCAAAGAUAG